AUGCCGAACCCUGUCACGAUCUAUCCCAAGGCCAUGUCGGCCCGAAUGAACCACACUAGCAUUCUCCUGAAUAAACAAACAAGCUAUCCAAGACUCGAUGCCGUUUACCCCCGAUCCAUUCUCCACAGAGUCCCAUACUCGACAGGUGGCUAUGGCGAUCAAGGUGGCAGCGGCGACCCCGAGGGCAAGAACCCGGCUUCCUUGGGCGUGAAUCGUCGGACUCGAGAGAUCGAGCACCCGGGACCUUCACCUCCAGAUACGAGCUUGGCAAAGUCGAAGUCAUCGUCUCCAUCGAAAGACGGGAACAAGAAACGGAUUCCUCGAUCCCCGAAAGAGGAACAUGGCAACAAAACGAGAUAA